GCAUACAUUACAUACAUACAUACAUUGUCCGAUUCCACAGCUUCUGUUAUUUUUGUGUGUAUCUGAGAGAGAGAAAGAGAGAGAGAGAGAGUGUGUGAUCUGAGGAAGAAGAUGGGUCGUUUGGCGACAUUGUCGGAAGAACCCAUAAACGAACAAGAGAAGAGAAGCAGGUCGUGUAAGAAAUGGCGGAACUGGAAUUGGAUAAAGACGCACUUCUUCCACAAGAAACCUGACCUCAAGAUCUUACUCAGCGUUCUCGCUUGCCCUCUCUUUCCUGUCCCUCCCCACUCCAAACCCCACGCCCCCCUCAACCAGCUCUCCUCCUCCGCUCAGUAUAUCAUCCAACACUUCACCGCCGCCACCGGCUGCCGCAACCUCCCCACCACCGUCACAAAUGUCUUCGCCACCGGGAAGGUCGAAAUGUGGGUCGUUGACGACGUCGGCAACACCGGAGUCUCCGAGAGAGGCUGCUUUGUCAUAUGGCAAAUGCUCCCCGACAAGUGGCAGAUUGAGCUCGUCGCAGCAACUCAGAAGGUUGUCGCCGGUAGUGAUGGCACCGUCGCUUGGCGCCACACCCCCUGGAUUGGCGCACACGCCGCCAAAGGCGGCGUCCGUCCUCUUCGUCGCGCCGUUCAGGGACUGGACCCAUUGGCAGUGUCUGCUGUAUUCUGUGCGGCGCAAUACAUGGGAGAAAAAGAAAUCUCAGGCAUGGAUUGUUUCGUGCUAAAGCUUUCAGCAGAUCAGAAGGAUCUGGUUGACCGGAGUGACAACACUGCGGAGAUGAUAAAGCACGUUGCAUUUGGUUACUUCAGCCAGAGAAAUGGACUACUGGUGCACCUAGAGGACUCUUACCUCACCAGGAUUCAAUCCCCUGGGACGCACCCCACUUAUUGGGAGACCACAAUGUCAACAAAAAUUGAUGAUUACCGAAUGGUUGAUGGUGUGAUGAUUGCACAUGCUGGCCAUUCAACCGUGAUCAUCACAAGGUUUGGAGACAAUCUAAAGACAGGCCCUGCCAUCACGCGGUUGGAAGAGUCCUGGACCAUUGAUGAUGUUGCAUUCAACGUCCAAGGCCUGUCCAUGGACUGCUUCAUACCCCCCAAAGAACUCAACAAAGACUACCCUCAAGAACAUCUAGAUUGGAGAUCACCCUUGCAUACAUGAUCCAUCAUCCCAAAUCUUACUUAUAUUGCUAACUAACUGUUACUCAACGAAUAAAAUAUAUCUAGAUUGCUUCGUAAUUGUGUAUUACUGAUUUUCGUCAUAUAUAACUGAUUUGGACUGGUAAUUCUGUCUCUCUGCCAUGUGAUUCGGGGCAUCGUUGGUGUCUGUCGGGUAUUAUUUGUCCGUAGAAUGUUGCUUUUUUUUCGGUUCCUUGUGUUGAAAUAGGCUGGAUUUGUGCCCGGUUUGUUGGGUACCUUUUGGCUGCUUUAGACCCUCACGUUCUUAUGCCAGUUGAUUGUCUCA